CCGUUUCGUCAUCGAGACGCGACGGAGUUUUCACACGUGAGCUGAUCUGCAGCGUAGUUUGUUUCAGAGCUGAAAGAAUAGAUGAUAAAUCAAACUAAGCUGGUUGACAAACCGCCAAUAAACCAAAAAGAAGUUUAAAGAAGAAGCUCAAACUAAAGAGGAUGAAGAGGAGAGAGGAGGAAGAGGAGGACGGGAAGGAGAGAGAGGAGAAGGAGGAGGAUACAGCUCAGAGAGGAGAGGAGGUAGAAGAAGGAGGAGAAGAAGAAGAAGAAGAAGAAGAGGAGGAGGAGGAGGAGGAGGGAGAGGAGGAAGAAGAAGAAGGAGGAGAAGAAGAAGAAGAGGAGGAGGAGGAGGAAAGAGCUGCUGCAGAGAGAGGAAGUGACGACGAUGAUGACGACGCUGAUGAUGAUGAUGAUGAUGACGAUAUCAAGAAACAUUCUAAGCAGAAAGGUGCUGGAGGGACUUCCUGUUCAGGCAGGAAGUCUGUUCCAGGUAUCAUCUACCUGGGACACAUUCCUCCGAGGCUCCGCCCCAAACACCUGAGGAACCUGCUGUCAGCUUACGGAGAGAUCGGACGCAUCUUCCUCCAACCUGAAGAUGGUCAGGUGAGGAAGAGGAAGAAGAAGUCGGGCUUGAGGAGGUGUGACUUCACUGAAGGGUGGGUGGAGUUUUCUGAUAAACGAGUCGCCAAAAAAGUCGCAGCGUCUCUGCACAACACGCCGAUGGGCACCAGGAAACGCCAACGCUUCUCCUCCGACCUGUGGUCCAUCAAGUACCUGCACAGGUUCCAGUGGACUCACCUGAGCGAGCGUUUGGCGUACGAGCAGACGGUGUUGCAGCAGAGAUUAAGGACUGAAGUGUCUCAGGCGAAGCGGGAGACAAACUUCUACCUGAACAACGUGGAGCGGAGCGCUCACCUGGACAACGUGAGGAGGAAGAGGCAGAGAGACGGACAACAGGUGGACGAGAAGACAUGGGACUUCACGCAGCGGCAGACAGAGGACGAGAUCCAGUCGAAGAAGAAGAAGAAGAACUCCGUUACCCAGAAGCACCUGAACAAGGCCCGCCUCAUACAGCAGAAGAGCCAAUCGAACGUCUCGCUGCUGGCCAAGAUUUUCAACUCAAAUAAAUCAGAGUGACAGAAGACGGACCUUGUUGGCUUUUCGGCAAGACUGUUGUCAUGGGAACAGAAGGCAGACUGUGACACCCCCACCUUCAGGAGAGGACGGCUCAGUGAGGGAAUGUUACCUGCUCAGGUGACAGUCAGACUCACCUGUACAGGAUCUGAACCUGUCGUGUAACGUCUCUCAGUGUUGUACAUAAAAUGAUUGACGUGUUUUAUCAGCCCCCCGACACACCUGUGUUACCUGAACUUUACUCUUGACUCCUCCAGAAGUUUGAUGAAUAAAGAUGAGACAGGUGACAGAAACUAUUUAAGGUUUUGAUAUUCAAAGUUAUUUUACACAUUUUUAUGACGAUCUCAAUAAAUCAGUUUAAAUAUA